AGGAAUAAGUGAACCGUCUCAAUCCACUCCAAAUCUCUAAUACCGUCUACGGAUUGGAAGGAAUGAAGGUUGGGCGCAGUUCACUCGACUAUUAAUCAUGGGGACAAUAAAAACUUAACAUAUGUGGGCAAACUUUUUCUUUUUCCUUACGUCAAUCAUUUUUUUAUGGGGAGCAUUUUGAGACUGCUCUCAAAAUACAGGGACUAAAUUGAAAUUAACCCAUCAUAUGAAUGCCCUUGGGGCAUCUCGCAUACCCCAAUAUGGUUUACAUAAAUCUGUUACAAUGCAAUUCACGCCCUCAGAGUAACAGCUCCCGGUGAACUGCUAUAAUAAGAUUGACCCUCACUCAUAGUUUUCACCGAACUACGACUCAAUACGGUCCUCUGUGUUUGUCAUAGUUACAACUCUCCAAUCCUCACAUUCUCUGCUAUCUAUUCUCCAUUCCUCAGUGCCAAAUUCCAGUCGGAGUAGCUCCGCCGCCGCUCAAACACACACACAACACUAACUCUCAGUCUCCCCUGAGCUGUCUCCUUCUUUUGAUAUGGGAAAUUUAUUUAUAAGAUCACUCUUCCCGCCUGUUGAUAUUACAUACCCGUAAAAAAACAUGUGUGCCAGAGCUUCAUACAUGGACUCAAUGGGGCUUUUGGUGAUACUAUUUGCCCUCAUCUGCUUCAUUGUCCUUUGCCAUCUAGCAAGCAACAGCAAAGGGGCUCCGACAGACUGGCCGCUAGUUGGAAUGUUACCGACCCUUCUGAACCAAGUCUCGCGGGUCCAUGAUUGGGUCACUGAGCUCCUGCUGCACCUUGGCACCGGCAACUUCCUCUUCCGAGGCCCAUGGUUCUGUAACAUGGAUAUGUUGAUCACGGCGGACCCUGCUAACAUCCACUAUAUCAUGACCACAAACUUUGUGAACUUCCCAAAAGGGCCUGAGUUCAAAAAUAUCUUUGAUAUUUUGGGAGACGGUAUCUUCAAUGUGGACCAUGAGCUGUGGAAGGAGCAGCGGCGGGUUGCUAUGUCGUUUAUAAAUCACAAAAGUUUCCACUGUUUCUUGGUGAGGACUACUAAGGACAAGAUCCAAAAUGGUUUGAUUCCUAUACUGGAUCACGCCUCUAGGGAAGGUCUAGUGGUGGAUCUACAAGACUUGUUCGAGAGAUACACAUUCGACUCGAUUUCUAAAUUGGUCGCUGGAUUUGAUCCCGAGUGCCUUUCCCCUGAUCUACCGGACGUUCCAUUCAUUAGGGCACUGGAUGAUGCUGAGGAAGCAAUCUUCUUCCGCCAUGUCAUGCCAGGAUUACUGUGGAAGCUGCAGGGGUGGGUAGGAGUUGGAAGAGAAAAGAAGUUAAGUGAAGCUUGGAAGUGUAUUGAUCGGAUCAUCGGGAAGUACAUUGAAAUGAAGAGGGAGAAGCUAAGGAGAGGGGAGGAAUCCAGACAAGACGAAGAGGAUUCUGAUUUGUUAACGUCAUAUAUGACCAUGGAAAAGAACAAGAUGUCAGGUGCAGGCAGUCAUGAGGACAAAAUCUUGAGAGACACGAUCUUAAGCUUCAUUAUUGCAGGAAGAGACACGAAUACAUCCUCACUUACUUGGUUCUUUUGGAACCUCUCGAACCACCCACUAGUGGAAAUAAAGAUCAGAGAAGAGAUAAGGUCACUUUUAACACAAGGAGAAGAUAUAUUCGAUACUGAAGAGUUCAACAACAACAAGAAGCUGGUUUACUUGCACGGAGCAAUCUGUGAAACCCUAAGGCUAUACCCACCAAUCCCGUUGCAGCACAAAAGUCCAGCAAAACCCGACAAGUUACCUAGCGGGCAUAAUGUGCAAGCACACACAAGGAUUCUCUGGAGUCUCUAUGCAAUGGGGAGGAUGCCCUCAAUUUGGGGAAAGGACUGUGCAGAGUUCAAACCCGAGAGGUGGAUCUCAGACAAUGGUACAGUCAGACACGAACCAUCUUACAAGUUUGUUGCCUUCAAUGCGGGACCUAGGACUUGCCUUGGAAAGAACUUUACUUUCACGCAAAUGAAGUAUGUUUUGGCCACCAUAAUUUGGAACUUCCAUGUUCGAGUCGAGGAAGAUCAAGACGUGAGGCCUCGUGUUUCAGUUAUUCUUCACAUGAAGCAUGGAUUGAAGGCUCGAAUCUCCAGGAUAACCAAUUUCUAAAUAUAUAAAUGUCAAUCGUUGCUUCUCUACCACUGCAUUAGCGUGAACUGUCAAUUUUUUCUCUCUUUUUUUCUUUUUCUUUUUGAAGAAAUAAUAUGUCUAUGUAUCAUUGAAAACAACGAUGAAUGAAGAUGCUCAAUUGAGUAUAUAAAACUAGUCUCAAUUGGGAGUCAUUUUAUGUUCAUGUGUUCAUGGGAAUUAUCC